AUGCGUCUGCUUUGGCUGCUGUUAGCGCUACUGGGCGUCGUUAUCGCUUUGGAUCCCCCGCGUAAGCUACAUGCCGACGAGCCUGUCACGGUGACGCUAGCAGACGGCACCAUACGUGCACUAACAGCGGCGGAAUACACAGAAUUGGUGGAAAAGCGUGCGAACGAGCAACAUAAGCUACCGAGCGAGACGCCCCAUUGGCAACAUCACGACUUGGAGCAACUUAAGACAGCCGAUCCACAAUUUGCACUCCAUAUUGAUCUCUCGAGACGCGCUUUCCAAGAGCUUCAACGCCAUGGCUAUGCACAGGGAUAUACACUUGCAGGGUUUAGUGAACAAGAGACGGGCCCGUUAACAGCCGAGUAUUAUGUCGAGUUUGUAUUACAAGCGAAAAAGGAUGUUACGACUGAUGGCGUCAUCAAGACGGGCACUGGUACGAGAAAAGGGGAGCACGAGACAGACGAGACACCUUUGAGCUAUGAAGUGCAAGUAUUACUGGACAGAAAAAAGCGUUUUUCAGUGGUAGCAGCAUGGGAAUUGAGCGAGAAAGAGCCACUACGAGGGCAGAAACGAGCGCGGGUUAUGCGACUAUCCAUUCAACCGACAGUGGCAUUGUUGGAGCGUGAGGCUGCACGAGCUCGUACUAGACCAGCAAUUGUCAACUGGUUACUAAUUGGAGGACUGGGACUUGUUGCUGUGGGUGUGCUUGUCAUGUACACGACACGAAAUCCGAUUCCAACGCCUAAACCACGACGUCGAUCGAGUGAUAUAUGGGAACUUGUGGACGAGAAGGACAAUCCAAUUAAGAUGGACAAAUCGGAAAAGAAGAACGACUAA